CCGAGUUGGUCAAUACAUGAGAUUUGUCUGUAGCCGUAAGCGUUUCGUAGCCAGGUAGCACAACAACACUGCAGCUGACGACACGAUUUCCUUGCCAAAAGGCACAGGAUGGAUCAAGAGUGGCCAACAUGAGCAGACGAUCUAAUGCGUCCAACGCACGGAAUGCUCCGUUUGGGACGGACAUCCAACCAACGGUCAAGACGAGAAUCAUUGGUGGGAAAACGGUAGAAAUAGCUGUAAAGUCUCCACCUGCAAGUGUUGGUAGCCGGGUCUCCUCCGGGUCUCUGCAUACAGGGCCCCAUGGCACCCCUCCUAUGCAGUACCAGCCUCCUGUGAAUGAGAGCAACCAUGGCAACUACAAUAACAACCCAAAUCCUUUGCCUGGUAACUACCGCAAUAUCUACUCCCAGACGGCACCCAGAGACUCUAGCAACUCACACAUCCAUGGCAAAGGGAAUCAUUAUGAUGGCAGGCCUGGAGCCCAAAGAGCCCUUCCUCCAAUCCAUGCCUCGGACCACAGCCAUGACCACGGUGACGAUGAUGACGUCUGGUCAGAAGACAUGGCCCAGGAAGACCUUCCCAACAUCAAGGACAUCCUCCAGAAGCCCUUCCCAGUUCACAUCGGUUCCUCAUCCGCCCUGUCCCCUAUCAACAACAAACGUUCUCUGACGGAUCAGGUCUCGGAGCACCUGAUUGGGUACGACCCUCUCCACUUCAAGGAGAUGUACACGGAGCUUGCCGAGUUUGAUCACGGAUUGCUAGGCUUCGUCAGCCAGCCCCAGAUGAACAUGAUCGCCCACAAGCACAAGGUGCCCAUUCCGAUUUCAACCUUGAGGUUGCUCUUCUCCAACUUUGCCAAGGGUUCCAACCCCGACCAGGUGAACUAUGAGAAGCUGAUUCAGUUCCUGGCUCGAGCGCAGCUGGGAUCAGCCAAGGCACAGACGUUGCUGGAGGACGAUGUCAAAAAGUUUGUGCAUGAAACAAAUGGCGAUGGGAAAACAGAUCAUGAAUUGGAAAGACUCAAUGCUCAGAUCAAAAGAUUCGAGGAGAAAGAGGAGAAAGAGCGAAAAGAGGAAGAAAGGAAACUAAACGAGAAGAGGGAUAAUAAAAAUCGGAAAGAACAAGAAAAAUGGAAGCCUUCAUUUGUUACAAGAAAACCCCUCAAGACAUUCUCUGAGUUGGAAGAUGCAAUGUUGAUCCGAAUGCUUGAGGAACAGUUCACAGAUGGCAAAAAGAAACAGACCAUCAAUACAGAAGGCAUGAGGGAAAUGUGCCUCAAGAAAGACCGACAGGAACAGGGAACUUUCUCCAGAAGAGACCUGGAUGAUUUGUUUCUCUACUAUCGGAUACCAGUCCAAGGCUCACUCUUAAACAAGAUGAUACAGAGGAUAGAUACAGGAGACGGUCAAUUGAGUUGGGUGGCAUUCUUAGAGAUUUUAGAAAGAGUGGAUUCUGGAGAUGCAAUGACACCCCGCGGAGAGAAGAACCAGAACCACAGCCAAAGAAGAGCUUCUGAAGACCCCAACUUAGCCUCAAUCGGGAACAGGAACUCUUUUGGAAACAGUCCUCGUAACAGUGGGUCUCAAAGGGAGAGAAGCGGAAACAGGUCCAGAGAUGGGCCCAGACCACAUGCUGGAGGCUUAGCCCCUGUCAUAGAACCAAGAAGACCAAGUACCUGGCCCAAGAGACCCUUCAAGGAGGUCCUACCCACACCAGAGGAACCAAAGAAAGUAACGUCCCCUCCUUGGCUCAGGAAGCCCCUUGCAAGAAUAGACCCCUUAACACAGGCUCAAGAACCAGAUAACGACGUAACCAGUGUUGAGAUGGAGAUCACUCGCAAUGACACGCCCACAGAGGACCACGCCUCCCUCCACUCGCCCCCGUCCACCCCCUCCCCGAAGCAGGAAGGUUACGAGAUCGAUCGACUCAGACAGAUGGCUGAAGAGCAUCAACGGCGGCGCCGUGGUCACAGGCCUGUAGAUCAGCAGGAGGUGGUGAUGAAGUCGCAGCAGAAGAAGAACGAGAAGAGGGAGAGAGAGGAGUGGUUUAAGGGUUUUGUGCAUCUUGCAAAGGGGCUUUACAGCACAGACACAUCGAAGACUGGUUGUCUGGAAAGAGAAGAGAUGCUUCGGCUUGUGAACAACUACAACCUGAUCUACCAGCUUGGGAUCUCAUCCUCUCACAUCAAGAGGGUCGUUGAAACAUGCUGUCAUGAGGGUGACCAAGUUCCGAUAAAACCCGUCAUAGAGAUCCUGAGACAGAAAAGGAAGUGAUAUAUAUAUUUUAGACUGUAUAGAGACAUUUUGGUUUAGUUACCAAAGAGUUUGUUUGGAUGAAUUGGUUCAUCACGUGUCAUUAAAAUACCAAGACAGAAAAGGAAAUGAUGUUACUUUUGCUUGAUAUAGACAUUUUUGCGUCAUCCUUAAGAGGCUGCUACCGACAAGAUGGUUUUAGUUUCAUUGAGAUACUGAGACAGAAAAGGAAGUGAUAUAUAUAUAUUUUAGACUGUAUAGAGACAUUUUGGUUUAGUUACCAAAUCGUUUGUUUGGCUGAUUUAGCUUGAUGUAAAAUAUCUCUUCCCAUGAUAUUAAAAUACCAAGACAAAAAAAGAAAUGAUGCUACUUUUGCAUGAUAUAGACAUUUUGGCAUCAUCCUCAAGGGGCUUCCUCCGACAAGAUGGUUUUGAUGUCAUUGAGAUACAGAGACAGAGACAGAAAUGAUGCUAGUUUUGCAUGUAUUGGACAUUUCGGCAUCAUCCUCUGACAAGAUGGUUUUAGUGUCAUACAAACUGUCAAAGGGGAGAUCAAGCACCAAUGAUUGAGAUAAUCAUCAGACAACAGAAGUGACACUGCCUUAGGCAGGAGAUAAACAUUCAAAGAUACCUAGAGCAUAUGCGACAGUCAUGGAUGUAUACUUAGGAAAGGAGUGAUGCAGUGUGCACAAUUGAGACAUUUGGGCAAGGUUGUCAAGAAAUUUAUAAUUAUGGUUAAGUAUAAAGUAAUAUCUAGAGGGUCAUUGAUAUAUUCUGUUUUGAAGGAGACCAAGUAACCCAUACAACUUGUCAUUAUAUUGAAAUGCUCAGAAAAGAAAUGUUGCCGUAAUAUGCAAGAGAUAAAUACCCUUAAGUUUAUCUAAGCCAAAUACUAAG